GUUAUGUCUAGCGGCACGAAAUCGAUCGUCGAUCCGGUGAAUUCGAGCUGUUCUACAUUCGCUGAUAUGGACGCGUGUUUGGCGGCUUUUGAUAAAAAUUGUGAUGGUUGGCUGGACUUCCAAGAAUUCAAAGAACUCACAAAAGCUCUUUUUAGAGAUCCCACUGGAAAUUCCUAUUCAGUUAAAAGCAGCAUUCUACAAGAAAUCUUUGAAAUAUUCGACAAAAACGGAGAUGGCCAAAUCGAUAGAGAAGAAUUCGCCUUUUGCUGGAAUAACUGGAUCAAAAUUAUUGUGAAACCAGUCUCGGCGCUGCUCGUAAUUGACGUCCAAAACGAUUUCAUCUGCGGUACGCUGAACAUCAGAAACUGUUCGGCCAAGCACAACGGCGAGGACGUCAUCAGACCGAUAAACGAACUUUUGGAUUCGGUGGAAUUCGAUGCCGUAUUCUAUUCCUACGACUGGCAUCCCGAGGAUCAUGUGUCCUUUAUUGAUAACUUACAUUUGAGAAAACUUCAUGAAUCAAGCCCGAUCAAAAGCGAAGAUGCAAAGGUAUAUGAUACUGUUAUUUUUGAUGGAGACCCGCCGAUGACUCAGAAAUUAUGGCCAAGACAUUGUGUGCAAAAUACUUGGGGCAGUGAAUUGUAUAAAGAUCUAAAGGUCACACAUAAUGCUGUUAAAAUCUACAAAGGCACGAACCCAGAGAUAGACUCGUAUUCCGCAUUCUGGGAUAAUUCCAGAUUAUCGGAUACGAAAAUGGAAACGCAACUCAAAUUGAGAAAUGUCACCGACGUGUAUGUUUGCGGAAUAGCGUAUGAUUUUUGUGUUGGUGCAACAGCAUCAGAUGCUCUGGUAAGCGGAUUCAGAACAAUUUUAUUGGACGACUGUUGCAGAGGUGUAGAUUUACUGGGAAUUGAAAAAAUGAAGGACAGCAUUGUCAAAAAUAAUGGAAUAAUUGUGACAUCCGAUCGAGUAACAGAUAUGACCAAGGGACAUGAUAGGCGACCUGAGUUGGGCUAUAAACUAGCUUUGAAUUUGGCAAGGAAACAUAAGUAGAUUGUUUAUCUUUAAUUUUUGAGAAUUAUUGUAUUCAAAUUUACCAAAUAGGCGGUGAUUUCUUGCUGAAUACUAGGUAUGCAUUAUCAUUUUCGGGAUUUAUAUAUUCAAAUAUAGGUAUUACUAUUGUUGAUACUACGCUAGUUUUGUUACAAAGCUCUAUACAAUUAUAAUUUCUCACGCAUUUAGGUUUGGGAAUUGUAAAUUAUAAAACUCUACUUAUUCAAUUUAGCUAUAGGUAUUUAAGAAUUUAACUUAGAAGGUACAUGUUUUCGCAGAAUGUCUGUAUUUUAGGCUAAUAAUAUUGAAGUAUUCCUAUUUUGUUUUUGUAAAUAUAUUUUCAAACUUAACGGACUAUUCAA